UCAUGCAAAUUUUGAAACAACAUGGACUAUAUUUGUUAAACGAUUUACAAAAGACUGAGUUUUUGUCUUUUUGACUUUUAAUAGCAGGACUAUUUAUAUAAUUUUGUCGAUAGAAGUAUUGCAAAGCUUCCCCUUCCUGUUGCAACGGAAGAAUGGAGAAGGUUCUAGUUUCUCCAAGCCUGCAAACGAUUAUCGAUCGUAAGGAGCCAUCCAGAAAGUUCUCGUCAUCUCUUAAGCAUAUAAUAUAUAAUCCCAACCCAUUAACAAAUGCCAAAUCAAAAUCAGCAAAAAUCCCAACAAAUCAAACUAAGCGAAUUCUUCUUGCAACAGUUUCAGAUAAACAUAGAAGAUGUCGAUCAUUCCAAGUUUCUUCGGUGGCCGACGAAGCAGCAUCUUCGAUCCAUUCUCACUCGACAUCUGGGACCCUUUCAAAGAUUUCCCGAUUUCAUCUUCGUCUGAUCAUGUCUCGAGAGAAACCUCCGCGUUGGUAAACACCCGUGUGGAUUGGAAGGAAACCCCAGAAGCCCAUGUGUUUAAAGCCGAUCUUCCUGGGAUCAAGAAAGAAGAAAUCAAGGUGGAGGUGGAGGACGACAGGAUACUUCAAAUCAGUGGUGAGAGAAAUGUCGAGAAAGAAGAUAAAAAGGAUACUUGGCAUCGUGUGGAACGCAGCAGUGGGAAGUUCACCAGAAGGUUCAGGUUGCCGGAGAAUGCUAAGAUGGAUCAGGUGAAAGCAGCCAUGGAAAACGGAGUGCUCACAAUUACUAUCCCCAAAGAAGAAGUGAAGAAGCCCGAUGUGAAGUCCAUUGAGAUAUCUGGUUAAAAAAAUCCACAGUCCAGGAUGUUCUAUAUGAAUUUGGUGUAAUGUGCUUUUGUGUUUGGUUCGUCCCCUAUGUAUUUGAUGAAAUGCCUGGAAGAACAAUACCUUUUUUGUAAUUUCGAUAAAGAAUAAAAUGCGCCUGUUAUCUCGUAA